CGAUUUCUCUUUCGAUUCGCCGGUUCUGCCGAACAUCUGCCGCAUUUUUCUGCACCUCUGCCGCCGUCGACGUCGGCUGUGACGCCGGCGUGCUGCGGGCAGCGGCAGCGGCGCGUCUCCGUGUUUGGCAAUCGACGCCACAUUGUUUAGUUAUUUUUUAGAGACAAGCGAUAAAGCUCGAACUUUUUACAAAAACACAAACUAAAAUGGCCGACAAACCAAAACGCCCACUCUCCGCCUACAUGCUGUGGCUCAACAGUGCCCGUGACUCCAUCAAGAGGGAAAACCCCGGCAUCAAGGUUACCGAGGUGGCCAAGAAGGGAGGUGAAUUAUGGCGGGCAAUGAAGGACAAGUCGGAGUGGGAGGCCAAGGCUGCCAAGGCCAAGGACGACUACGAUCGCGCCGUCAAGGAGUUCGAGGCCAAUGGUGGCAGCAGUGCUGCCAACGGCGGCGGCAAGAAGCGCGCGAAACCCGCGAAAAAGGCGUCGAAGAAGAGCAAGAAGGACGAGUCCGACGAGGACGAUGACGAUGAGAGCGAGUAAAGGGUGGUGGCCAUUGCACCAUUACCAUUACCUCCCUCCCAUCCAUCAUCCCCAAGUCGCCCACUCACACUCACACACACACACACACACACACUCAAUCCCCCACAAAAAAAAAAUACAAAAAACAUCCAACAUGAAAAACCCCCCAAUUGUAAACAAUCUGAUUAGAAUAUAGUGAAGACCCAACACCACCAGUCGAUGGCAAUUGUCUCGGGAGCACUCCCACCAAGAGAUCCAGGCCAGAUCCAGAGGAGAUCACCUGUUGGGGCCGGAACUACGUUACGUUGCAGGGGAGAGAACAAAAACAAACAUAAAACCAACCACGAAAAUAAGCAAAAUUGUAUUUAUACAUAUGAAUUUAAGUUUAUAGUAGUCGUUUCUUUUAUAAUACCUAUAUACAAAGAAAAGGACAACCGACAAGGAAGAGGAGAAGAACGAGCAGGAGAAAUGAGAAAAGAGAAGAGAAGAGGAGAAGGAAGCACGUUGAGGUGUUUUUUUGUUCGAUUCUGCGGCAAAUGGCUGCGUUGAUGAGAAAGAAAUUUAUCUUGCAUAUAAAGUUGUAAAGUAAACGAUAAAAUAAUUCCAUUAAAAAAUAAAAAAUGAUACAAAAACA